UUCUGGUAUGCGUUCAGUCUUCAAGUGUUGAAAAUAUCAUGCUUUUUUGUACUCUUCAUUUUGACACUCACUAGUGCAACAAUUGCAAAAAGUGCAUUCUUAUUGAUGACCUCUGCAAUUGGCUCGGCUGGACAUAAUGUCACUAUAUGUAACGAUAAAAUACCUGAAGGUUCCACGAAUCGAAUUCGCAUUCUGCCGCAACACGUCGUAAAAUGGGUUUUCAUCAUUGAAUCGUUGCAUGCGGCUGGAAUUGGAAUUCUUGUUUUUCGCAUCUUUCCGAACAUUGAUGCAGUUACAGCUGCGAUGCUGACCAAUUCAUUGUGUUUGAUACUUUGUAUCCUGUCACUAUUGAGUCGUAAACCGAAGCGCUUGACAAUGCUGUUAAUCUUCUUCGAUCUUGGAUGCAUUGUCGCUCAAAGUACUGAUUUUUGGGCUUGGCCUGCAUUGAAUCAUUCACUUUACCCGUACUCAUGGACAGUGCCAGUCUCUUUGUUGUUGAUCUCAUUGGCAUGGUGGCCAAAUUUUGUACAUCCGCAAAGUAUGUUUCCACCGAUAAGGGCGUUGGCCAAUUUUGCAAUAACACUCAACGAAACACGUUCAAAAACUUACGUUUUCGUGUCCGUAUGGAAAUGUUUAAUUUAUCUCUUAGCUAUAUUGCUAUUCAUUCCAACACGACUGCCAUUCGAGCAACUGGUCCAAUCGGACCCAUUCGGAGAGAAGAUCAUAACCAUAUCAGCCUACAAUAUGAAUCAAACACAACUGAACAAAUUCUACGAUCGAAUGAAGGAAACAGAAUCGUAUCCGUAUUACGGUCUGUAUCUGUCGUUUUCCUAUGCAAUUAUGCAUGCUCAGCAAUUCUAA